ACGCACAGCUGAAAUUUUUUUAUAAUUUUUCUAAAGAAAAUUCAUUGAAUUAAGGAAAAUUUUUAAAGAAAAUCUUUUAAAAAUUAAAGAAAUUUUAAUAAUUUUAUAAAAAUUAAAAGCCAAACAAAGCUGGAAUGUAUGGAAAUUCGAAAAAAUGAAUAAAAAAGGAAAAAUGUAAACGAAUAACAAAAAAAAAAAAAAAUUAUACGAGAAAAGUGUAUGAAAAAUAUGUGGAAAAAAAUAAGGUUACACCCAAGAUUUUGAAGAAAAAUUGCUAGGAAAUUUAAAAAAAAAAUCUUUAAAUAUUCAUUAAAAAACCAAAAUCUUAAAAAUAGGUUUAAAAUAAAAUUUUGAAAAAAAAGAGAAAAUCCCACAACUAAAAAAACCCCAAACGAAUUAUUAAAACCAAAAACCCCUCAAGAAAAAAAAAUAAGUAAAACAAAAGUAGAAAAAAAGAAAAAAAUUACGUUAAGAAAAUGCUAGAAAAAUGUUUUGUUCAUCGUGUGAUAAGUUGAUGACACAUAUUUCAGUUGUUUUGACCGCAUUCCUGCUGUUUUAUUUAAUAUGCCUGCCACCUAAUUUGACACAAGUGAAAGCCACUCCCGAGGAUGAAGCGCGUAGCCUGAACCAAUGCAUCCUUAAAGCACGGUACAAUAUCAUCGGUAGUGGAGGAUAUUACAUAGAAAGACGCUGUAAUGAAACCUCCACCUGUAACCAAGCCAUUAUGGUGGUUACCGAUGGUGUGGCCGGUAAUAAUACCGAAAUAUUUGAAAAAUACAAUUGGGGUGAUGGUGAAAAUGGGACAAUGAGUAUGAAAGUACGUAUAUUCACCUAUCUACUAGGUAAAGAAGUGACCAAAGUUCGAGAAAUUCAAUGGAUGGCUUGUCUUAAUCGAGGCUACUAUUCGCAUGUACAAACACUGGAUGAGGUACAGGAAGAAGCGUUAAAAUAUGUAGAUGUAAUAGCAACGCCACUAGUGUUACAGGAUGUGGAACAUCCGCCCACUUGGACGCAUUCGUUUACGGAUAAAACGUAUAAACCCGAGGGUAAUGCCACCGAUGCACGUCUUAUGAUAGCAGUGGGGGUGCCGGCCUUUGAUCGAACGUAUCGUAAAGCCAACAGUACCGCCCACGCCCGGUUAUUAGGCGUGGCGGGCACUGAUGUGCCUGUAGAAGAAAUAGAUAAAUUGACGUUGCCUUAUAAGCUGGGGGUUAAUGGUUAUUCUUUUGUGGUUUCCAAUAAUGGUUAUGUCCUUUUACAUCCCGAUUUAAGGCCUAUAGGGCCCAACGGCGUCAUGAAUCCCAAUUACAAUAGCAUUGAUUUCACCGAAGUCGAGCAGCUAUUCGAGGAUAAUUCUCCUCGUAAUCCUGGCGAGUCAAUUUUACAAUUAAGACGCAGUAUGGUCAAUCAUGAAUCGGGUGAAUUUAAAGAUAUUAGUGUAAAGCUACACUAUGACAAAAUGCGUCGUGUUUCAGAGGAAAAACAAGAUUAUUUUUUUGCUCCUUUACCGAAUACACCCUUUUCCUUGGGCAUCGUAUUGCCCAGUGAAUAUGGCAAGACAUGGAUUAAGGUGGGUGAGGAGGUCUUGAAGAAUAUUCAUAUGAAAAUCAAUAUAUCGGACUUUUUUGUGGGUGAAAAUUGGAAAGUACAUCCCGAUUGGGUCUAUUGUAAAUAUCACUACUUAGAGGGUCAUGAAUUUAAGACGCCCGAAGCGGAACUUAAGCAUUUUUUGGGUAAAAUGGUGCAAAAGGAUUGGAAAUGGUCGGAACAAUAUGAGGAAGAUGAACAGGAUAGAGAUGAUGAUGAUUUAAAUUGUGGCCGCAAAUCCCUGUCCGAUGAUGCCUACUAUUGCAAUAAGGAACUGGUGCACUUGUUGAUCUUCGAUGCCAAGGUUACUAAUUCCAGUUAUGGUGUCUGGAAAUUUGAAAGUGAGGAAGAGAAAGCUUUAAUUGAAAGAUUUGGAGCCACUUUACGUUUUGUAGCCACCAUGAGUGGUUUGACACGUUGGCAAUUUAUCUAUGGUGAAGUAGAGGUAGAGAAUGAUCGAGAGUUUGGAGAUUAUCAUACUAAAGCUAUAGAUGAAACUUGGUAUAGAAGCGCUAUAUUGGCACAUCAUGAAGAACGUACCGAUAGUUUUGUAUACUCUGUCAAACAUCACAGUGAUCCUGCCGAGGAUAGUGAAUUGAAAGUAACAGCUUCGCAUGCCAUCUUUCCCAGAGAUGGUGGUAAAGAGGCACCAGCUUGUGUAGUGGGUUUUCAAUUUUCACAUGCCCAAAUGUUGGAUCGUUUCUUCAAUAUAACUUCUACGGAUAAUUGCAAUGGCUGCAUUAAAACCUGCAACAGUGAUGAGUUUGAGUGUUAUGUUAUAGACAACAAUGCCUAUAUAGUCCUGGCCAGAAAUGUUAAUCAUACGGGUAAAUUUUUUGGUGAAUUUCAAGGAGAUGUUAUGGAAGCCAUGGUACAAUUAGAAGUCUAUCAAAGUAUUGAUGUUUAUGACUAUCAAUCGUUAUGUGUAGAUGAAGAUGCCAAGCAGAGUGAUGGCAACAAUCUAAUGCAUCCCUGGAAGAUUUUAACUGUGGCCUGGAAAUGGUUAGUGUCUUCCAUAUUUUGGCAUUACUCACGCAUUAAAUGGUGGGUAGAUGGUGCACCCUUUUUAGAAUAUAACGAUGAUAUCGAAGAUGAUUAUGAUGCUGGUGGUUUUGGUCGUGAUAAUUUUGCUUCCAUGCAACCUAAACCCAAAGAAGAAGAUGAAGAUGAAAUGAUAUUUAAUGAACCUGAUCCACCACCAGUUUAUGAGCCAUGCGAUAAGGUUACUACUUUAUAUAAUCUUCAACCAAAUUCUGUGGAGGGUAUUAACGAUGCCAUACGAUUACCGACUGUACGUCCAUUUUAUAUAAAGAAAAUACCACGUACAAAUUUACUAUUGGUGGUCAUAAAUGUAUUGAUGCCUUCGAAGGGUACGAAAAAAACCACCGAACCACAAAGACUUAUCUAUCCGAAGGAAUUUCCAUGCUAUAAACUCAAUAUGAGUUUCUAUGAACGAAGACGUAUUGAGGAGUGUUUUACGGAACAUCCGGAUGAGGAGCUUUACACUUACUGUGGUGAUGCCUCAUCUUUAACAUCUAAUUUGUUAAUUUUAAGUCUAACACUAACGCUGGUUUUACUAACACGUUAUUUAAGACGUGCCUAAAUGUUUACUCUUAAUAAUUUUCUCCAUUUUUGUUUUUUUUACUCUGAACUGACACACUGAUAGUAAAAGCACAAUUGAAAUGAAAAUAAAACCUAAAAUUUUCUUUAACAAUUAGAAAAAGAUGAAAAUAACUUUAAAACAAUCAGGGAGUAGAAAAAUGAAGAAUAAAUUUGCCAAAAAAUAUAUUUAUAUAUAGAAAACAAUUAGUAACAUGGGUUUUUUUAAGUUUUUGAGUGCCAUACAUAUACUCUCACACAAAAGUCCAAAACUCAAAAAAAAAAAAAAAAAAUUAUAAAAUUUUAUAUUUAUAUAUAUAUGUAUACAACAACAAUAUACUGUAGUUU